AAUAAUAAUAAACCAAGAAGGAAAAAUCUCAAUCUAUUUAUUCCCCUUUGUGUAUAACUCAGUCGCGGCUUAAAAGCCUCAAUUAUCGAAGAAGAAAGAAGCGUUUGUCAAUCGGAAAAAAUGGUGGCUUCCAAUUUGAAGUCGGAGACUAUGGAUCUGAUGCAGAAGAGGAGCGCUAUCGAGGCCCAGAUGGAUGCUAUCAUUUCUCGCCUUUGUCAGCCCGGCGGUCCUGGACUCUCCGGAAAUCUUGUCGACUCUGAGGGGUUUCCUCGUUCAGAUAUAGAUAUUCCAGUUAUUCGGUCUGAGCGUGGUCGCCUUACUGAGCUAAGGAAUGACCACACCGAGAUCACAGAAAAGAUUAAUCAGAACAUUCAAGUCUUGCAUUCUGCAAAGCCUGCUUGUAGCUUGUCGCUCUCUAGGGAUGCAGGGAAUACUGAGGGUUCUAUUGGCCAAAGGUCAUCUGUCACAGCUGUUACAUCCCCAUCCUCAAAUGGUAUUUCUCAGAGGGAUUCUUCCACUGCUAUGGACAUAGAUGCAAAUGGAAGCAUACCUUUUGCAUUGGUUGAUGAAGUAGCUGAUGCAUCGCCAGCAGCAGAUGAUGGAUUACAACUAGGCGAUCAAGUUCUUAAAUUUGGGAAUGUAGAGGGCGGUGAUGAUCUAUUGCGUAGGCUUGCCUCUGAAGCACAGAAUAACCAAGGUCGUGCAAUACCUGUUGUGGUUAUGAGGCAUGGUACUCCGGUCAAUUUGACUGUGACACCCAGAUCAUGGCAAGGUCGAGGUCUUCUUGGAUGCCAUUUUCGGAUGAUGUAGCUGGGCUCUAUCCACAAGUUCAACCUGCCAUGGUUCAUCUUUCUACGUAACUAUCCUCCUAUUUCUUCACUUAAUUUACUAGUUUAAUUCUAGGUUCCAUACAUGUUUAACAAAUUUCUCUUAACUAUUCUGGAUUUAUAGCGAUUCCCCACAUAGCCCUUACUUUUUUGUCACUUUGGCAUGAAUACUCUGUAAAUUGAAAUAACAUAUGAUAAGUUGCUCUUUUUUAUGCUAUUUUAGUCAUGUAAGCUCCUCAUGAUGUCAAAACUACUUCCGAAAACAUGUUAAUCUUCUUGAAUGAAACCAAAAAUUCUAUGGUUUCUUGCCUUCA